AUGGAGCUGGUAUUAUCAAUCUCAACAGAUAUCGCUUUCUUGUCUUAUGAUGCAUGCAUGCACUUCCAGGGCCCCCGAGCCAUCGUCGGUGCGUUUCCUCGCAAUGAAGGCAUGAUCUCUAUUCUAAUUUCAAUGUCUACUUCUGUGGCUUCGGGGUCGCAAGCUCCAGCCAACCGUGCGGGACGACGCCGCCGCCGUCUCAGCCAGCUGCGCGCCUACACGCAGUCUCAUUUCACCCCGUCAUCGUCCUCUGGAUCGCCGCCUUCGCCCAGCAACCAGCGCCGUCAUCGCAACAGCUUAAGCCGCGUGGUCUCCCUAUCGUCGCCUUUCCAUAUUUCCUCUGCUGCUGACCCAUUGGAGCCGCCGCCGCCGCCGCCGCUCUCUGCCUCUCCUGUGCAAACCGAUAGUGCUGGUUCGGACUCGGAUCCGCGAGCCCAGUCGGCCUCGUCAGCCUCGUCACAAUCAACCCCGUCGCAUGAGGCACCUGCCCAGUCGGCGGUGACUGGGACGCAGGCCAUGGAAGCGGAUGGUCCCAAUGGACAAACCACCAGCACGACUCCUGCGUCGGCCCCAACUGUCACACCAGAGGUUACUACGGCUGGGAACAGGAAACCGAAGAUGAACGAUACUAUCCGAUUCUUCCCCUACCAAGAUACCCGCCAUAACUCCCGCCCGUCCCUGCAGUUUACGCCCAUGACGCGUACGCUGCCUUCGGAGGACUGCGUGAUUCGUCUGGGGCGAUACUCAGAACGAGAUGGUGUACCCAUCGCCAAUCCGGCCGACCCUUCCGAUGCACCGAUUGGCUUCAAGUCAAAGGUCGUCAGCCGGAAACAUUGCGAGUUCUCCUUGGUCGGCGGCCAGUGGCAUAUCAAAGACGUCGGCAGUUCAUCCGGCACUUUUCUGAACCGGACCCGUCUCAGCCAGCCGAAUAUGGUGUCGAGACUGUACGCCGUUCGCGAUGGAGAUAUCGUACAGCUGGGGAUAGACUUUAGAGGUGGAGAGGAAAUGAUUUUUCGCUGCGUGCGAAUAAGGAUCGAGUGCAACCGAACAUGGCAGCAGAGACCAAAUGAGUUCAACAAAAACACCGAGAGUUUGAUCAAUAACCUAGGCAAGGGCAAGGCUGCUACAGAAUUCGCUGGUUGCAGGGAGUGUUCGAUCUGUCUAGGCUCUGUUCUGCGACCUUAUCAAUGCCUGUUCAUGGCAGCUUGCGCACACGUCUGGCACUACAAGUGCAUUCGCCGGUUAAUACACACGCCAGAUUACCCGAUGUUUCAAUGUCCAAAUUGCCGUGCGUGGACCGACCUGAGCGCCGAGGUGGACGAUACGAUUGAACUCGAAGACCAAUCAGACGAGGAGAGACACUCGGAUUCAGCACCAAACAAUGCCUCUGGUAGCACUGACGGCGAAACAAACGAGGCUGCUAAUAAUAAUACUACUACUGGCGCGGCCGCAGAGCCAUCACAGUCCAAUGCGCAGACAACCGAAACCAGAGCAGAGGACAACGAGCUUGCCGCUAUUGCUGAAAACUUGCAUCUAGCAGAAGAGAGAAGCACGCCUAUGCAGGACACGGAUAACCCAGAUGGCACUACUGCCGAUGAACCUAUAAGUGGGAAUAGCGAGUCUGCCAAUAUACCCAUUCCUAGCGGCCCUUCAUCGCGGAGCAACCAAUCCAACAACCCCCGCUCUGACACCCCGGCCAACCCUGAGGCAUUCGAAGAUGAUCCCAUGACUCCUCGCAACGAUUCGGGUCCCCUGGCGCUGGACGGCCGAGCGGGACAUCUGUAG